AUGUGUGACAAGGAGAGGAACGGUAUUCAAGACUUCAUCAGUUCUUCAACGGGCAAUGUGGAGCCGUCGUUUUACUACGUUCUGAAAGGAAAUUGCCAGCUGUUCUUCUCCCAUGGCCCUAUGCCUAAAGGGGUUUUCUUAAAGAAGUCACACGAAUGUCCAUUUCGUGACUACCGUCCGAUUAUAUUUCGUUGGGACGAGAAUUCCAUCGGCAUCGUCUUGGUUAACGGGACUAUGAGCUACUGCAGUAUUGUUGAUGUUGGAAAGCUCAUUUCAAAAGGCUUGAAUGAUUUGGAAAUGGGCGAAAGCAAUUCCGAGUUUUCGUUCAGCGAAGUACAAGGAAAGAAUCACUCACGAAUGGCAAACAUGUCACCGGCAAUAUAA